UUGAGCUUGACUACUUCAGUAAUACUGGCAGACAACAUUUUUCCAUUCCUCCACCUUCUUUGCCCAACGUUCCAUCAAGGCUUGUUCUGAGUUCACAGCAUCCGGGGGUUCAUCGGGUGGGUCAAUCCGCUUCCCCUCCAGCCAACUGUCCCGCUGCAUUCGGAGCCAGCGUCAUUCCAGACAAACCCUCUUCUUCUUCUUCCUCUUCCUCUUCCUUUCUCUUCCUACCGAUUACGACGGUCCGUUCAACUCUACCUGGCAUUCCUCCCAUCCCGGAAACUCUCGUCAUCGUCUCUUCCUCUUAAACCGACCGUUGCUUCCGCUAUACCCCCGAUCUCUUUCACUUCUUCAUAAUGGACUACAGCAUGGAAGACACUCAGAACUCGGCUCCUGACGCCCACGAGGCGUCCAAGCUCAACUCGUCAGCCCAGAGAACCGACAUUCAGAGCGUCACCAAACGCCUCCAAGCCGAGCUGAUGCAGCUAAUGCUCUCCCCCUCUCCGGGAAUCUCGGCCUUCCCUGACGCCGACGGCAACCUCCUCUCCUGGACUGCCACUAUCAGCGGACCGGCUGAAACUCCUUACGAAGGACUUACUUUCCGUCUUUCCUUUGCCUUCCCCAACAACUACCCUUACGCUCCCCCUACUGUUCUAUUCAAAACUCCCAUCUACCACCCUAAUGUCGACUUCUCCGGCCGUAUCUGUCUGGACAUCCUGAAGGACAAGUGGAGUGCCGUCUACAACGUGCAGAGUGUUCUCCUUAGUCUGCAGAGUCUGCUGGGUGAACCUAACAACGCGAGCCCUCUCAACGCCCAAGCUGCUGAGCUCUGGGACACCGACCAGGAAGAAUACAAAAAACAUGUUAUGGCCCGGCACCGCGACAUCGAAGACAUCGAGUAAUUGGUUCGUCUAGAACCGUCGUCGUCCGUUCGGUUGUUCCCGCAGACAUGGGACGGACCGACUUGCAUUGCAUGAGAUCGGGGUCUGUGCG